AUGAAUCCAACAAGAUCCCCAAACUCAGGGCGUCGGGUCCCUCCCACUUACCCUCGCCCACCCUCCGAUGACGAGGAAGACGACUCCGAUGAAGACGAAUUGGUUCGCCCCGGAUCCUCCGGCAGUGACGCCUCCUCCAAUGUGACCACCGUCUCAGCGACUCCUCUGACGCCUCUCAAUACUCAACUGCCUGGCAGUUACUUCCCUCCUCAGUCGCGUUCUGCGUCCGCGACUACCUCCCCUCCCGCCUUCCCAAUGCCGAACACCAGAAGGCCAUCUGGCCGCCCCUCUGUCGAGCUGUCUAGGCACCGAUCGCGACACCAUUCACAGGGGUUCUUUGAGCCUACUCUACCGACAGCAUCUUCAGAUCAGGUACCUACCGUGUCAGCGUCUCGGAUAGCCGCCCAGACAGCCAUGCAGCAGAAACGCCCUACACCAGAGGAACGCCCGCGAAGGAGUGGCAGUGCCUCCCCGCCGCUGAUGCCAGCACCGUUACGACUGAAUCAAUCAUCUUCCCCGCAACCGCCUCCGCCGAACGUGGCGACCACGGCUGCAAAUGUAGUCUUUCCGAGACCGGGUGUGCAGCCCGAACCGCCCGAGAAACAAAAGAAAAAGAAGCUCUUCUCGAAGCCGAAACAUAUCGGUAUCAGCCGAGAUAAAGAUUCAGGGAAGGACCGUGGCCUUCCUUCGCCCAGCAAGAUCGUGGGGCUAUCGCGCAUGGUCAGUGCCUCAACUACCAAUGUGGCUGAUUUGCCCUCGAACAACUCAUCCAUGUACAACUUGUCCAAUGCCUCGGUGAGCACGGUCGUUCCAUCGGAUCGUCAACCGGCAUUAGAAAAGGACAAGGAGAAGGAGAAGGAGAAGGAAAAAGACCGACAUAAGCACCAUUUCCUAUCGAGGCAGAAACUCAAACUCAAAGAUCGAGUCGACGAUCACUUCAAUCUCCCGCUCUCAUCAGCAUCGAGCAACUCGCGGCCUGCGGAUCCCAAUGCCCCAAAGUCUUUGUAUUCGUUUGUGAGCCCUGCGUCGCCUGCCCCGGGUGCUACGUUCGGGAAAUCGGUCAGUGGGUUGGAUAUCCUACAUGGUGGACGGGCCUUGCGCGAGAAGAAAAAAGAGGAAAAGGCUCUCGCAGAGUCCGAACAGUUGGAUUGGAUGUCUCACAAUACCUCCGGGCCCACGACACCUUUCCCUGGACCACCUUCGGCUGGAAGUACGAACCCAGGGUCUGUUCCUGAAUCGAUUCUGAGGGAGACACUACAGGGCUUUGGGUUGAAUAACAUGACCCCCGAAGACGCGUGGGACUUCCUCAAAGCGAAGCUGCUGGUCAUAUUUGAUGGCGAGGACGUUCGCAUUGCUAUCGAGGAUCUGAACAAAUUGGUACUUGUGCAUUUGCAGCGUUGUGUGCAAAAAAGAGCACCCACGUCCAUUAUCAUGGACCUGCAAGAGUUGUUGGAGGCUGGAUUUGCGACACUCAACCACAGCUCCCUACUCGGCAUUCCAGAUGAGAAACUCGUCCCCCAUUUGGUGCAGAUCUGGUUGCUGGUCUUUGGCACUAUUCUCCCCUUCAUCCAGGCCGUCUUCCUUCCCCUUGAUCUUGAAUUCAAAGGCUGUGGCUCCAUCAUGACCAGCCGCGAGGCAGGUGAAUUUUGGGGGGCUUUGCCCGCAGGUGGCACCCUCGAUGUGCGGAACCUCGUCCUCAUCUCUUUCCGUGACCGAAUCAUCCUCAACCGAUACGACACGCUUAAGGCAACGUUCUCCCGCCUCAGCCUAGACUCUAUUAACACGGGCUUCCCCACACUCAGCGUCACGGCCAAAAGCACCGGCGCAGGAGGCCGUCCCGGAACCGCAGCCUCCCUCGACGCAGGGUUUGGCAGCUACAACUCUCAAUCUUCUAUGUUUCCCAGCAACGUCGCAGAUAGCUAUUCUUCCGAUGGUAUCAGCGCCCUCGCCAAUCGCCCUACAAGUAGUGACUCACGCAGUCGCGCAACCUCAAACACAUCUUCAAACGCGGACGUCUUCUUCAGCUCAGUCGCCUCCCCUCAAGCCUCGAACGGUCGCCCAACUAUCAUCCAUCGUGCUAACCCCGCUGACACGUCUCAUGUCAUCACUGAAACCGUUGGACGAAUGCUCCAGUGCGUCAGCGUUCUCGCGAGCAUCCAAACUGACGACGCACCCCAAGAACGAAUCGAAGUUCUCAGCAAAGCUCUUAAACACAACUGGCUUGGCCGCGGCCGCACAGGUCGUGAUCGCCGCGGUUUCGUGGGCGCCAAGAUCCGCCCUGUGAUGGUUGGCGGUCCCCCCGUCAUUGACGACGCCGACUCUCUUACUACGGCUGGUAUCAGCAUCGGUGCUAGCACUAGCACGGGUGGCUCCAGGGGCCGUGGUGACUCUUCUUCCUCGGAUUGGAGUUCUGGCUUACCGGGUCCUGGUAUGAGUGUGAGGAGUGGACGAAGGGAGUUGAGUGCUCUUUAG